AUGGGUCACGGGGAGUUGGAGGAAAUAUGUGACCGUUAUCUCAGUCGGAGAGAAGAACAACAGAAAGUGACGGAAGCGGUUGAGAGAUGUCUGAAAAAGGGAUAUGACUACGACAAGAUGAAGGACCGUGUGCUGGAAGCUAUCACCGACUCCCAUCGAGCUCACAAGGUGAUCUCCGCCAUUUGCAUUGCUUACCCACAGUUUCGCAAGAGAACAAAGGUAAAUCCUGUCCUGGUUAAUAAAGAUAGAUCUAAUGGCAGGGACAGGGAACGAAGACGACGAGAAGAGGAAGCAACCAAGAAGGAGCUUGAAAAGGUUAUAAUUAGCGACUCCGUGUCACUAGCGAAAGAACUGAUGUAUAAAGCGCAGCAGGAAAUAGAAGAACGAAAGCGUCAGUUGGGUUUGGCUGCAAACUCAGCAAAUCUAAUCGGAACUGCCACACAACCAUCAUCGACGGCCAAAAAUGUUGCGCUUCGUCCACAAGAGGCACAAAUGUUCAUACAAGCUUCUAUGAAUAAAAAAAGUAGAGUUGAAGAACUGAAGGCCAAGCUCGCUAAAGCUACUUCAACUAUCAAUUCCUUGGUUCGUCCAAAUGCUCCAGUCAUGGCGCCAUUGCCUGAAAUUGCUCCAGGAAUAUUAAAAGAACGUGAGGAAGAGCCUGAGUUGCUAGAGUUUAUGGAUCCUCGCAUAACUGCACGGCCUGCCGAAAGGAAACGGAAAAUCUUUAAUUUUCACGAAAAGGGCGAAUUUGAACAACUUGCAAAUAGACAGAGGGCUGUGGCGAAACUGGAAAAACUACAGGUUGAGUUUUUGAAGUCGAGUGGUCUCUUAGUGGUGGGACUCCAUCGUACUGGAAUCUACCUCAUUCUCAUGUGCGUCUUUUUAAGCUAUGAUGACAUUCCUGGAGUUAAUGUGGAAUCACGGUUCAAAGACACGAUCAGUGAACUUGUAGAGCAUCCAAUAAAAUUGCGAGCACCCACCGAUCCUCUUGCUCCGCAGUAUCUUAAGGUCUAUCUAACAUCUCGUGAACGUAAGAAAAUCAGACGUCAAAAUCGCAAAGAGAUGCAAAAGGAACGCACUGAAAUGAUUCGUAUCGGUCUUGCGAAAGCACCUGCUCCUAAGGUGAAAAUUUCGAAUUUAAUGCGUGUGCUGGGAAAUGACGCAGUGCAAGAUCCAACUAAAAUGGAAGCGCACGUUAGGAAGCAAAUGGCAGAUCGUUUGAAGCGUCAUCAACAGGCUAAUGCGGAACGGAAGCUUACCGAUGAACAGAAAGCCGCGAAGAAAACAAAGAAAAUUGCCGAAGAUACGUCUCUUGCAGUGCAUGUUUCUGUAUACAGAGUAAAGUCUUUGCUUCAUCCAGCAAAGAAGUUCAAAGUAGAGAUGAAUGCAAAGCAGCUCCAAAUGACAGGCGUAAUAUUGUUGCAUAAAAACAUAAACCUCGUGGUAGUAGAAGGAGGUCCAAAACAGCAGAAGUUCUACAAAAAUCUUAUGUUAAGUAGGAUAAAAUGGGAAGAUGAAGUAAUAGGACAAAAGAAGGACGCUGAUAAAGAUGCACCAGGCGAACGAAAUAAUUGUCAACUGAUUUGGGAAGGACAGGUUAAGCGGCGUAACUUCCGCGAUUUCAACGUGGUCACGGCUACAAUAGAAAAACAGGCACGCGAUCUUUUGGAAAAGCACAACGUUGCUCAUUAUUGGGAUGUUGCAUACAGCACAACCGUACUGCUGGAUGGUCAAGACUCGAUUACUGUCUGA